CAACUGACUGCGGCCGCCAGCUCUUCAUUGCAGCGAGCCAAGCCUUUUAUGAUGUUGCCCAACCUGCUUGGCUCCGUCGUCAGGAAGCAGGAGAUCAUCGGCCUACUUCAUGCUAGUCGUGCAGCAUUCCUUCCACUCUUACCGACUCGAUUGUCUCCGUUCGGCAUCUGCUUCAAUGCGAGAUUCGAGAUGCUGUAA